AUGCCGGGGGUGAUUAAGAAUGAUGAAAUUACCAAUGAAACUGCUGGACCAUCAAAUUUGGAAAGGUCCAGAACUGAGCGUCGUCGGCAAAAUAAUCCAGCUGAUGAUCCUGCUAAACAGUUACUUGAUGAAAGGAUUCCAAUAAAAAAGAAGCUCAAAAUGCUAAAUCGGAUUGCUACAGUAAAAGAUGAUGGAACCGUGGUUGUCGAUGUGCCAAGUGGUCUGGAACCAACUAUAGUUGGUGGAACUGACGAUAUUUAUACUGAAGCUGCUGUUGAAGAAGCAUCAGAUGGAACAGAGAUACCAUACAGGCCUCCUAUGCAAAUAGUUAUACUUAUUGUGGGUACACGAGGAGAUGUGCAGCCAUUUGUUGCUAUAGGGAAACGCUUACAGGACUACGGGCACCGUGUGAGAUUGGCUACUCAUGCCAACUUUAAGGAGUUUGUACUAACAGCUGGCCUGGAGUUUUACCCGCUUGGUGGAGAUCCCAAAAUUCUUGCUGAAUACAUGGUGAAGAAUAAAGGAUUCCUACCUUCGGGACCAUCAGAAAUUCCUAUUCAAAGAAAACAGAUGAAAGAAAUUAUUUUUUCUUUGCUGCCUGCAUGCAAGGAACCUGAUCCUGACACUGGCAUUCCUUUUAAAGUUGAUGCAAUUAUUGCGAACCCACCUGCGUAUGGACAUACACAUGUGGCAGAAGCGCUAAAAGUACCAAUUCAUAUAUUCUUUACCAUGCCAUGGACGCCAACUAGUGAAUUUCCUCAUCCUCUUUCUCGUGUGAAGCAGCCUGCUGGAUAUCGACUUUCAUAUCAAAUUGUGGACUCGAUGAUUUGGCUUGGAAUAAGGGAUAUGAUAAAUGAGUUCAGAAAGAAAAAGCUGAAGCUGCGUCCAGUAACAUAUCUAAGUGGUUCUCAGGGUUCUGGCAAUGACAUUCCUCAUGGAUACAUUUGGAGUCCUCAUCUAGUCCCAAAACCAAAAGAUUGGGGCCCAAAGAUUGAUGUUGUUGGAUUUUGCUUCCUUGAUCUUGCUUCCAAUUACGUACCUCCUGAACCACUUGUGAAAUGGCUUGAAGCUGGUGACAAGCCCAUAUAUGUUGGUUUUGGAAGCCUUCCAGUUCAAGACCCACAAAAGAUGACUGAAAUCAUUGUCAAAGCACUGGAAAUUACUGGACAGAGAGGUAUCAUUAACAAAGGCUGGGGUGGCCUUGGAACCUUGGAAGAACCAAAAGAUUUUGUAUAUCUACUAGACAACUGCCCUCAUGACUGGCUUUUUCUGCAAUGCAAAGCAGUGGUGCAUCAUGGUGGUGCUGGAACGACAGCCGCAGGUCUUAAAGCAGCGUGUCCUACGACUAUUGUACCUUUCUUUGGUGACCAACCUUUCUGGGGCGAUCGGGUGCAUGCAAGAGGGCUAGGGCCUCUGCCUAUUCCAGUUGACCAGUUUGGUUUGCAGAAGUUGGUCGAUGCUAUAAAGUUCAUGAUGAAACCAGAGGUGAAAGACAAGGCUGUAGAGCUGGCGAAAGCCAUGGAAUCUGAAGACGGGGUGACAGGUGCUGUUAGGGCAUUCCUUAGACACCUGCCUUCAAAAACUGAGGAACAGAGUCUGCCGCAGUCAUCGGGCUUCCUGGAAUUCUUAGGUCCACUAAGUAAAUGUUUGGGAUGCUCUUAG